CUCAAAGAUCGCAUGUCAUUAUUGAGCGAAAGCUCUCUGUGGAUAGUCAACUGUUCUGGAUCAAUGGGAAAGCUUCGAGUUCCCCCCUCCAACCCAUUCCAGUCGACCUUUUCCACAUGUUCUUUGUACUCUUUUCCCGUUUCUCCAACAGAACAAAGUUUCUGAAUCCAGCAUAUACGUUUCAGUGCUUCAUCUUCUGUUCGUAGUGCAAUUACACCUAACCGACUUGCAAAAUUAAGUAAUGUGUAUUUCCUGUUUCUCCAAGCAAGCCAAUGGUCACAUCGACCGCAGUGGUUACAAUGACAUCUUUUUGGUAGCCUCGUAGUAUCAAUUGAAGUCUCGAUGGUACAUAUAUGGAAUCAAGGCCGAAACAGUCGAUCGCCGAGGCACGUGUCAUGAAUAACGCCAUUCCUCAGAGUAUUUAAACGCACUUACAGCCGGAGUGGUUGUUAAUCAUACGAGUAGUCACCAAAAGCUGAAAUCCUUGUCAUUCUAAUUACGAUUGUGUUAGACUGUUUCGUCAGUAAGACGCCCGUGACUUACGCGAGGAAGGAUCUGGCCUCCCAAGGAUGCUAGGGAUGCUCUCUUCCUUCCACCUAGUCGCCUUGAUUAAGCCAUCACACGUGCGCAGGGCACAUUCCAGAUCCGGCCAGUCGAGUCUUUACAUGGAUCAUUGAAGGUUCUAACUGCUGAUAACCCCAGUACGGAGGUCCUUUUCUCCACGAGCAGAGUGUCAGGCCUGUCCCGUACGGCAUGUUCCCGCCACCGAAAUUAGGUGGGACUAUCGCGCAUCUGCUCUCUCGUUCGGCUAGACUGUAGCCUUAACAUACGCUUUGUAUACCACCGCAGAUUCGGUAGCCACGAUGGCACGCGGUAUAGGAGGUGCUCAAGCAGACGUAAAGGCAUAGAACGAACGCAAGAUAGAAGGAAGGAGAGGCGUGUGGAGCGGACAAAGAGUAUUAUUCUUCACACCACUCACGAAGUGAUUAGCAGAAGCGGGAGGUCCCUGACGCAUUUCUGCCAUUGACACUAAUAGCCCCCAAUAUUCGCGCCGAGCACCCAGGCGAAUAUAGUGCGAGAGGCAUGAUUCAUGAUCUACCAAGAGGCAUGUGUCAUUCUGCACAAGGCAUUCAAAGCUGGCUAGAGCAAGCGCGCGUCGGACAUAUUAAUUUGCUCUUGCUUGUCUUGCUAUCCAGCUCCGGUCAAGGUCGUGGUUGAAUGAAGGGUCAGGCAUUUAAGAGUCGAAGCAUGGCGCUGGGAAGUUUCUAUGCACAGGUCGAGCUAGUCCUCUGACGGCAGUCCAUGGUCAGGACAGGGUAAAAGGCAAGGUGAGUACUCGGAGGCUUUCGCAUCGCAUUCGUGAAGGCGAGGUAGAAUGCGGACCGCACCGAGAACGAUGCGAAAGGAGGGAGCGAAGUGAUGGUGGGCGUCCAACUGCGACCAGAGCCUUGUGACCAGCACAGCAUAAUCAGCCUUAUGACACACCGUUCGCAGGAGCUCCAGACCUCGUCGACUAGCCGGUCAGUGUUAGUACGGCAGCGUAAGCGUGAGGGAGGGUGGCUAUGCAGUUCAGGCUUCUACUGGCGCGGGCGGACGACGCUCUGGGCAGACCGCCGGCAUGUUAGUUGGACAUGGGCAAAGAUGGGCUUCCUUAGAAAGUGCGGCACCUCUAGGAUAUCGGGUGCACCGUUAGGCGGACCCGACCGGGAUAAGGACGCGGGCGUACUGGUAUGACUUGGGAAGGGGGGUGGAGAAGAACACCACAGUUGACCAGGCGCGGGCGUCUGUAGCGAUGACGACGGGCAGGCAGAGAGCUGGAAUGCUACUUGCAGUCGACACGACUUCGGAGCGCACCAACGCGGCGCCGUGGACAGGGUCGGUGGUCAGUCGGUGGUCAGU